ACUUUGAAAGGCAAUUUGGCAGUCUGCAAAAUACACUGCUAACUGUUGCUUAGGGCCCUCUCGUAGGGAAGGAGUGUGUAGAUUUACAACGUUGGUCUGUUGUAAACAUGCCGUCUAGUAAUAAAUGUCCUUCCAAGUGAAAUUCUGGGGAAAACUCAGGCGUAAAGCGCCGAUUCGAUCUGCCGUUUUGUAAUUCAUAAUUGUGUGUGUGCAAUAUCGACAGUGCCAGUUUGAUUAAUGGCAUGCCUAAAUGGGCACAAACAAAAAUACACAUGGUCUGAAGAGAAUGGAUGGAUUAAAUGCCAAUAAGACAAGCAGCAGAAGGUAAUACAGCAUAAAGUUCUCAAUUUCUCACUUUACAGUCAAACUUCUAUGCAUUUUAUGUGGAUUUUAUGGAUUAACCAAGACAACAACGUCCAAUUUUGCAAAGUGGAAAUAAAAUAUACUUUCUUAAAGGUUUUAUCAGUAAAAAUCUUAAAACUGAGUAAAAUCAUAACACCACCCUUCAGUGCAACUACAGCUUCAGCUUCCACCAGCUUUACACAUCUAAAUGUUGAGGUUAAUAUCCAUUUUUCUUUGAGAAGAGCUGAAGCGCAUCAUCUGUUCACAGAUCUCUAAAAGAGAUUAUUUUAUCCUUUAUUUUAAACAAGAGAAUCUGACAAGAUUACAGAUGUAAUCUGCUUUCGAAACAUGCAGGUGAGAUUGUGGAAUCGAAGACUGUGGCUGAUAUCACAUCAUUCACCUGACUGAAAAAGGUUCGACAUAUUAGUUUCAUCUGAUUAUCUUCCCUGGAAUAAUGUUUUAUUACAUAACCCUGGACUUGGACUUCCCCACAACUUCAUCCUUCUUCAAAAAAGUAGAAAAUCAGUAAGUAAUUUCCUUCAGUUUCACAAUGUGUCACUACUAUAUGCUGAUCCUUCACAUAAGAUUCACCAUAAACAUUUUGCUAUGUGUUGGUUGUGAUGUAAUAAAAUAUGAAAAGUUCAGGAGAAGCAAAUAUUACAUCUACACUGUACAGAAGUUUAUGAACAACAAAUCGAAAUGUUUGAAUUAUUGAUAGCAAAAGCAAAACAGGUGAUAAAAGGCAGGAAAUUCAAAAUGUCAAAGCCACAAACAAAUUCUAGAUUCUUCAAAAUAAAACAGAGAUAGGAACAAGACCAAGAAUAACAUGGAAAAACGUAGAAAAAUAAAUAAAUCAGUCCAGGAUCAAUUUUAACGAGGUCGACAGAAUUAACAAGUUUGUUCAACGAUCAUUAAAACAAGUCAGGAAAAGUCAUUUUUAAACCUCUAGAAAUGCAGAUCCCUCUUCUUUUAGUGCAGCAAAAAGCAGUUUUCUGGUCUUCCAAGUGGCUUCAAAACUCUCAAUUCUAGUAAGUGAUGCAGACACUAUACAAAGCAACACUGUACUGCUGGAAGUGGUUUUGAGGUCUGAACACAUUUCAAGAACAGUGCUUGUUAGAGAUAAGAGAAACAAGUCAAAGCCUCCUUAGUGUUAAAAAACUAUUUAAGUGUUGAGUGGUGGCAAUUUUCUCCGUCUGGUAGACUUUGGCACAGAGCAUAUUUCCUUGCACAAGGAAUCAUUUGUGCUCUUAAAGGCAAAAGAUAAAAACUGUAAAAUAUAUAUGUAUAUAUUAUGAAACUGAACAAGCUCAAGAGAAACUAGCUGAACAUUUUAACUCUCAUAGGAAAUGUUUAAAUCUUAUUUAUCUAUCUAUCUAUCUAAAAGGAAAUAACGCACUGGGUCUCUAACUUGUAGAGACACAGAUUAUCACCCAUCAUGUUAAAGUCUGUCGUUUUAAUGGUAUGAUGCGAGAGAACAUUUUAGAUUUUAAAGCUUUAAUCAAUGACAAUUUAGUUGUAUUUUGUAGUUUGAGAAGCAAUCUGUCUAAGUUUAUAACAAAUUCUAUCGCCAUCACUUUGUUCAGUCCUUAAUACCAGAUGAAUCAUUUAAGGAAAGCAUUGUUCUGUUCUGCAAACCAACACUAAAUAUUUCAUUUAGAAGUGCUAUCGACAGGAUACUAAACUCUUGAAAUGUUGCCACAGAGUCGAUGCUGCUUAAAGUUUCAUUUAGGUCCAUCAGCGAUGCUGAUGAAGAAAGAAAAAUUGGAUUAAAGCUUUGUUUUCGCCUCAGUUGUUAACAUUGUACACAAAGCCAUCAAAGGCCCAUUUAAAGUCCAUUCAAGGAAAUUCUCUAGAGCAAUUGCAAAGUCCGCUUGAGACGGCACGUCUUCCAGACAGAAGGAACAAAUAUUGGCUAAUCAAGCAGCAAGCGGCUGAAGUCUUACAAUGCAUUGAAGCGAAAAACAUCAGUCUGCAGCUGAGAGGGGGGGGAAAGCCUGUUUCUGUCUACCACUGCCUGACAAAUAAGGACACGCUGUUUAAAAACGACUGUGGUAAAUCUGCUGCUGUGCAGACAUGCUGCCCAUUUAAGAUUUCAAUUACGAAAGAAAAAAAACUCUGUUACAUGCCUGCAGGCUGUUUGUUUCUCUUUCCCCUCCCCCUUUGUCUCUUCACAGGUAUUAGGGAAAGCUGGUGUCAAUCUCCCUUGAUUGAUCCUCAUCAACCAUGGGCCAAUCAGCAUCCAGGGAGGCCUUAUUUAAGCAGCCCAGCUGGGGAGAGCGAGGCAACUGACUUUGUUACCUGACGCAUGUCUUGUUGCUCUUUGUAUGAAGGUUUGUGGUGGGAGUUAGAGGGUGAGGUAAGUUUGGGGUACCCUGUACAAUUCAUCACGUAGGUGUUUGUUCUGUUAGAUACACUAGGUAAGUAGGUGGGUGCCGCCCAUGUAAAGUUUUGGUGGAAACUUUUGUUAGAUUAGAUAGGCAGGGUUUUUGUUUUCUUUUGUUUCUCUAGCACAGACGGAAGUUAGGCCCUGUUUUGUUUUAUUAUUUUCUUUGAUUUGGCACCACCUAACCACCCCUUUCUCCCCCACAGUUUGUGUGAGCCUUCUGGGAUUUUCAUUAUCAAUAAAUCCCUCCUUUUUUACAACAUUCACUUGGACUCUGUCAAUUUGUUGUGGCUGUCGUGUUACUGCCCUCCUCACAAAAAAAAGGGGGGCCGUAACACAAGUGGGGGCUCGUCCGGGAUUUUCAUUUUCCCUGAGCUGUAGACAUCCAUAAUAAGUUGAGAGAUCCUUGUGUCUGUUUAGAAAUGAGUUUCAGCUUAGAGGACUUUGUACAGGCUCCUAGCCAUGAACAGCUGGAAUUGUGUCGUAAGGACGACUUGUUAUGUCUGGCUGAGCAUUUUGACAUUUCAGUGAAAAAACACUUUUCAAAAGCUGAAAUUAAGAACAUUGUUGUUCAAAAGCUGGUUGAGAUUAAAGUCCUAGGGGACCCAAGCAAAAUGGAUGUAGAUGUUUGUGAUGUUCCUUCUGUUGAUUUAGAACUCCCUCCUUCAAAAGAUGAAGGAGUUGCUGUAAUGGCAACGCCACCAAGGGGGUUGGCAGAGCCCCAGGCGCCCCCUGCGACUUUACCACGGUUCGAUCCAGUGUCGCCAGAGCUCAGUGGCUCCGGUGGUAAUGUCAGACUCAAGGUUCGGCUGGCUCGCCUACAGCUGGAGGCACAGGAGAGGGAGUUGAUAAGAAAAGCUGAGUUUGAUUUCAAACUUGAAAUGCGCAAGUUGGAAAUUGAAGCUGAAAAGGAGAUUAAGCUGAAACAGCUAGAGGUGGAAGCGAUGAGACUUUCACAUGGCACCUCGCCUCCUCGUUCAUCUGUGUACUCUGAUUCUCCACAGGUGGUGUCGGACAAACACAAGUUUGAUGUCAGCAAGAAUAUUGCUUUGGUGCCUGUGUUUAGGGAGUCAGAAGUGGACUCUUAUUUCAAUGCAUUUGAGAGGAUUGCUGUGGCACUGGAGUGGCCAAAGGAGAUGUGGGCUGUUCUAAUGCAGUGCAAGCUCAUAGGUAAAGCACAGGAAGUUGUGUCAUCACUGUCAACAGAGGAGGGCAUGAAGUAUGAGGUACUGAAAAAGUCAAUCUUGCGUGCUUAUGAACUUGUACCUGAAGCUUACAGGCAAAAAUUCAGGAACCAUAAGAGGUCUAGUGGCCAGACCUAUGUGGAGUUUGCACGUGAGAAGGGACUACUUUUUGAUAAAUGGUGUGCUGCAAGUGAGGUUAAAGGUGACUUUGAAUCCCUUCGCCAACUAAUUCUGUUGGAGGACUUUAAGAACACAUUGCCUGAGAGACUGGUGGUUUUCCUGAAUGAGCAAAAGGUGGCCUCUUUAUCUAAAGCAGCCAUUGUUGCUGAUGAGUUUAUGUUGACCCACAAGAAUGUAUUUGUGUCUGUACCUCGUGCAGAUAAAGUUUUGAACAUUCGUCAACAAAAACCUGACCCCACUCAGUCAGAAGCUAAGGCUAAGCAGCAAUCUCUUUCUCCACGUGAGGUAAGGGAGUGUUUUUACUGUCAUAAAAAAGGCCAUGUCAUUGCUGACUGCCUUUCAUUAAAGAGCAAGGCUUUAACAACACAGACAAAAGGUGUUGGGUUGCUUAAAAAUGUGUUGCACUCCAGCAACCAAACUGCUAAAAAUGAGAAUGAACUAGAUCCCUGUUUCAUACCUUUUGUUACCCAGGGUCUUGUUUCUUUAACAGGGGAUCCUAAGGAUGGCCGACAAGUCAAAAUCCUGAGGGACACCGGUGGGUCCCAGACAAUCAUUCGGGAGGGUAUUUUGUCUUUGCCUGUCAUGUCAUCUUGUCAGUCCAGAGUAGUUGUUCAAGGUAUUGGAAUGACCUUUGUAUCUGCACCACUGCAUAAUAUCCACCUUGACUCAUCUCUUGUGAGUGGUUUUUGCAGGGUUGCUGUUCUUCCCACCUUGCCCAUAAAGGGGAUUGAUCUCAUUCUAGGGAAUGACUUGGCAGGUGGAAAGGUAUUGCCUGUGCCUGAGGUGUUGGACACACCUGACACAAGUGUGGUCUUUGAACCAAUGCCUAACAUUUUCCCUGCUUGUGUGGUUACGCGGGCCCAGUCAAAGAAAUACAAUCUUGAUUUGUCUGACUCUUUUCUUGCUACAGAGCAGACUCAAUCAGCCGGAUCGGAGACUGAACUCAACAAAUCUAAAAAUGUAUUUCCUCUUCCAGGACCAGAGAUGAUGAAAUUACCAGCCUCCAGGGAGGAAUUCAUUGCUGCUCAAAAACAGGACAAGACUCUGUUGAAAUGUCAUUCUUCUGUUCUUACCCAGGAGGAAGCCCAGGGGAAGAAGGUGGCAUAUAUGGUUGAUGAUGGUCUCUUGUUGCGACGCUGGGCUGGUGAAAACUUGGAAGACUGGAGUACCGUUUAUCAGGUGGUUGUGCCAACAAGGUAUCGCAUGCAGGUGCUAGCAUUAGCACACGAUCACCCACUGUCAGGGCAUCUGGGUAUAAAUAAAAUGUAUAACAAAGUUCUCAAACACUUCUUUUGGCCAGGUCUCAAAUCUGAUGUUUCACUUUAUUGUCGUACUUGCCAUGUCUGCCAAGUUGCAGGCAAGCCAAACCAGGUUAUACCUCCUGCUCCUUUGUCCCCAAUUCCAGUUGUGGGUGAACCAUUUGGAAGGGUGAUUGUAGAUUGUGUGGGGCCUUUGCCAAAGUCUAGAAGUGGAAACCAGUUCAUUUUGACUAUAAUGUGUGCUUCCACCAGGUUUCCUGAAGCCGUGCCCCUGCGGAGGAUCACAGCUCCCAUGAUUACCAAAGCUCUGGUAAAGUUUUUCUCAGUGUUUGGUCUUCCCAAAGUUGUCCAAACAGACCAGGGCACAAACUUUAUGUCUAGAACCUUUGCCCAGGCACUAAAACAGUUGGGUGUAGAGCAUGUCACCUCAAGCUCUUACCACCCUGAAAGCCAAGGUGCACUUGAAAGGUUUCACCAGACAUUAAAAGCGAUGCUGAGAAAAUACUGUAUGGGUACAGAGAAGGACUGGGAUGAAGGUAUCCCAUUUCUAUUGUUUGCCGUGCGUGGAACAGUGCAGGACACUUUAGGUUGUAGUCCUGCUGGACUUGUGUUUGGACAUGAGGUUAGGGGACCUUUAAAUGUCCUUAAAGACCAACUAAUCUCUUCCUCUCACUCUGUAAAAAGUAUUCCAGAGUAUGUUUCAAAGAUGAGAGAGCGCCUUCAGACAGCUUGUGCACUUGCGCAGAAAGCCUUGGCCUCAAAGCAGGUCAAAAUGAAACGACAUUAUGACCAGAAAGCAGUCACUCGUGAGUUUAAACCUGGUGAUAAGGUUUUGAUUUUGCUACCCAUCCCUGGCUCUUCUCUGGAAACUAAGUUCUCUGGGCCAUAUGUGGUAGAAAAGAAACUUAGUGAAACAAACUACAUUGUUCAAACUCCUGAUCGCUGCCGCAAGACCAGGCUUUGUCAUGUCAAUAUGAUAAAACUGUAUCAUUCAAGAGAGACCGACCAACCAACCCAGAAUCGGGUUAAACCCAUUUCCCCUGUAACCUGUGUGUCAAAGUCAGCUGAGGAGGAUAUGGUAACACGCAAAGAUCCUCCACAAGUUGCAAGGCUUAGUAAUAGUGAAAUACUGGCUAACCUGCCUGACUAUUUGUCACAUUUAUCAGGUGACCAAGUGGAGGACAUCACAAAACUCAUAUCAGACUUCCAAUGUCUGUUUGGGGAUGUUCCUACCAAGACUAAUGUGGUGUCUCAUGACAUUGUUCUCUCCAAUCCUGCACCUAUAAAGCAGAGAGCAUACCGUGUCAAUGCCACAAAGAGGGAGCUCAUGAAAAAGGAAGUGGAGUACCUUGUUAAAAAUGGACUUGCCAUUCAGAGUUGCAGCCCAUGGAGUUCUCCAUGUCUAUUAGACAUGAAGGCUGAUGGAAGUCCAAGGUUCUGCACAGACUUUCGUAAGGUGAAUGCUGUCACAGUCCUUGAUGCACACCCGUUGCCACUCAUUGAAGACUGUAUUGAUGAAAUCGGACCAGCAAAAUUUGUCACUAAACUUGACAUGCUGAAAGGGUAUUGGCAAGUACCUCUAACCCAACAGGCCUCUGAUAUCUCAGCUUUUGUUACACCAGACUGUUUUCUUCAGUACACAGUGAUGCCUUUUGGGCUCUGUAAUGCACCAGCUACAUUUCAAAGGCUUGUAAAUAGAGUACUGGGAGAUGUGUCAAACUGCCGGGUAUAUCUAGAUGACAUUGUGGUAUAUUCAAGUGACUGGUCUACCCAUCUUUCUGUUUUGCUUGAGGUCUUCAAACGUCUUUCAGCUGCAUCACUGACGCUCAAUCUUUCUAAGUGCGAGUUUGGAAAAGGUACCAUUGUCUAUCUGGGUCAACAGGUUGGUGGAGGAAAAGUGUGUCCUGUGGAUGCAAAAGUCAAAGUAAUUUCUGACUUUCCUGUUCCUUCAAGCAGGAGGGAGCUCCGUCGAUUCCUGGGGAUGGCAGGAUUUUACCGUCGCUUUUGUAAAAACUUUUCUACGGUAGCUGCUCCUUUAACAACUUUGACCAGUCCUUCUACACCUUUUAUUUGGUCUGAUGAAUGUCAGCAUGCUUUUGAACAUCUAAAAGGAUUGCUCUCAUGUUCUCCUGUUCUUUCCGCCCCAAAUUUUAGUCUGCCAUUUAAACUGGACAUAGAUGCCAGUGCUGUUGGGGUAGGAGCUGUCCUUCUGCAGGAUGAUAAAGACGGAAUAGAGCAUCCCGUAAGCUACUUCUCAAGGAAGUUUAAUCUUCAUCAAGGAUGUACAAUCAAAAUCAAAGACUUAUGCGGUGGGCUUUGAUCAUUCAGGAGUACAACCUGAAGAUCUGCCAUAAAAAGGGGUCUGAGAAUGUAUUGGCAGAUGCUUUGUCACGUGCUUUUUGAGCUUGGUUUCUUUUACCUGGAGUAUUCCAAACAUUUAUGUUUGGACUUAUAAGGGUGGGGGUGUUACAUGCCUGCAGGCUGUUUGUUUCUCUUUCCCCUCCCCCUUUGUCUCUUCACAGGUAUUAGGGAAAGCUGGUGUCAAUCUCCCUUGAUUGAUCCUCAUCAACCAUGGGCCAAUCAGCAUCCAGGGAGGCCUUAUUUAAGCAGCCCAGCUGGGGAGAGCGAGGCAACUGACUUUGUUACCUGACGCAUGUCUUGUUGCUCUUUGUAUGAAGGUUUGUGGUGGGAGUUAGAGGGUGAGGUAAGUUUGGGGUACCCUGUACAAUUCAUCACGUAGGUGUUUGUUCUGUUAGAUACACUAGGUAAGUAGGUGGGUGCCGCCCAUGUAAAGUUUUGGUGGAAACUUUUGUUAGAUUAGAUAGGCAGGGUUUUUGUUUUCUUUUGUUUCUCUAGCACAGACGGAAGUUAGGCCCUGUUUUGUUUUAUUAUUUUCUUUGAUUUGGCACCACCUAACCACCCCUUUCUCCCCCACAGUUUGUGUGAGCCUUCUGGGAUUUUCAUUAUCAAUAAAUCCCUCCUUUUUUACAACAUUCACUUGGACUCUGUCAAUUUGUUGUGGCUGUCGUGUUACUGCCCUCCUCACAAAAAAAAGGGGGGCCGUAACAACUCGCAAAACAUUCAGGUUUGAAUGUUGUCAAUUUCUCAGAGGUGCAAUAAGAAAAAGCUAUUUAAUUUCCAAUCUUAUUUGUCCUAUUGGGUGUAGAAGAAGGGAAAUAUAUUCCCUCAGCCAUAAGAACGACAGAUUUGCUCCAAAUUCAAUAUUCAAAGGGUUUACUCUUCAGUGAAGUGCUGUUAUAAAACAUCCUCCCGCCACCAAAGACUGUUUUAAUUCCCUGCGGAAUAUAACCACUCUGAUAAAUCAGGCAUAACUUUAAAACCAAAGGCUCCAGCAGCCUCCAUGGCUUGAUUGCCGUAAUUAUUUGCCUAGGCAUAAACAUGCUGUGCAGCGAUGAAUGUCCUUCCAAUAAAAAUCCAGAACAGAAAAAGCCAGCAAAACCCACCGACGUGAGCUUGUUUUUGAGUUAAACUUUUUUUUUUUUUAUGCAGGUAAUAAUGGAUACGCCAGUUUGAGUAAUGGAGAGUCUAAAUAGAGAAAAAUAAAAAUACAUUUAAUCC